AUUACAGUUCUCUCUUUCAGUACCCCCAAACAUAGUGGAUCGAGAAACAAGUUCUGACAUGGUGGUUCUAGAAUCUACAAAUGUCAGUAUCUCGUGCAAGGCGACAGGCUACCCGGAAGCGUUCAUCAUGUGGAGAAGAGAAGACGGACAGGACAUCAGAUACAAUGGAGAAUUUGUCAACGUAGUAGAUGGGGAAAUUCUCUACAUCACGAAAGUUAGCAGACUCCAUAUGGGCAUCUACCUCUGCAUAGCUUCAAAUGGUGUACCUCCUUCAAUAAGCAAAAGGAUAUCUCUCAAAGUACAGUUUCCACCAAUGUUAUCGAUUCCGAAUCAACUGGAAGGAGCGUUCGUUGGACAAGACGUCACGCUGGAAUGCAGAACUGAAGCGUUUCCAACUUCGAUCAACUAUUGGACUACAGAGAGAGGAGAUAUGAUCAUCUCAGGUGACAAGUACGAGUCUGUAGCUAUGGACAAUGGCUACAAAAAGUACAUGAUGCUCAAAAUCCGAAAAGUCGACAAAUCCGAUUUCGGAUCUUACAGAUGUGUCGCCAAGAAUUCUCUAGGCGAAACGGACGGUGUUAUCAAAUUGGAAGGUAAGUUUUCAUACUAUUUCAGACGACAAGAUCAGACUUUACUUCUGUAUAUUCCUGAAAUUUAG